UCAAGUAGCUCGGUGGGCUCCGCCGAGGCAAGGAGGGGCGCUGGAGCGAGAUGCGCUCCCAGGUGUCUGCCGCGGAAGUGGGAAACCUGUAGGCUAUGGUCCAGCUGUGCCGCGCCGAGGCGAGCCGGAGCCGGGGACAGAUAUCCAUUUUGGACCAUUUCUGAAGCUGAAUUCAGAACAAUUCUAAGGUGUUUAAUAUCCAGCUACCAUAAAACAAAAGCUUUUCUUUUACAAAAAAAAAAAAAAGCCAUUUGAAGUGAGCUGCUUCUAACCAGAAGAUGAAAAUGUGGUUGGUGAUCACCCAUCUCCUGAUGGCAUCAUUAACAAGCUGUCUAACGGAAUUUACCUGGCAUAGAAGAUACGGUCAUGGGGUUUCUGAGGAAGACAAAGGCUUUGGACCAAUCUUUGAAGAGCAGCCAAUCAAUACCAUCUACCCCGAGGAAUCACUGGAGGGAAAAGUGUCGCUGAACUGCAGGGCGCGGGCCAGUCCUUUCCCAGUUUACAAGUGGAGAAUGAAUAAUGGGGAUGUUGACCUAACAAGUGAUCGAUACAGUAUGGUGGGAGGAAACCUGGUUAUCAACAACCCUGACAAGCAGAAGGAUGCUGGCAUAUACUACUGCUUGGCAUCCAAUAACUAUGGGAUGGUCAGAAGUACGGAAGCAACACUGAGCUUUGGAUAUCUUGAUCCUUUCCCACCCGAGGAGCGCCCAGAAGUCAGAGUGAAAGAAGGGAAAGGCAUGGUUCUGCUCUGCGACCCUCCUUACCAUUUUCCAGAUGAUCUCAGCUACCGCUGGCUUCUAAAUGAAUUUCCUGUGUUCAUCACAAUGGACAAACGCAGAUUUGUGUCUCAGACGAAUGGAAAUCUCUACAUUGCAAAUGUCGAGGCUUCCGACAAAGGCAAUUAUUCCUGCUUUGUAUCCAGUCCUUCUAUUACAAAGAGUGUAUUCAGCAAAUUUAUCCCACUGAUUCCAAUACCUGAACGAACAACAAAGCCAUACCCCGCUGAUAUUGUGGUGCAAUUCAAGGACAUCUAUACACUGAUGGGCCAAAAUGUGACUCUUGAGUGUUUUGCACUUGGAAAUCCUGUUCCUGACAUCCGGUGGCGGAAAGUCCUAGAGCCAAUGCCAAGCACUGCCGAGAUCAGUACCUCGGGGGCUGUCCUCAAGAUCUUCAAUAUCCAGCUAGAAGAUGAAGGCCUAUAUGAAUGUGAGGCUGAGAACAUCAGAGGAAAGGAUAGGCACCAGGCGAGAAUUUAUGUUCAAGCAUUUCCUGAGUGGGUAGAACACAUCAAUGACACAGAGGUGGACAUAGGCAGUGACCUCUACUGGCCUUGUGUGGCCACAGGGAAACCCAUCCCUACGAUUCGAUGGCUAAAGAAUGGCUAUGCGUACCACAAAGGGGAACUGAGACUGUAUGACGUGACCUUUGAAAAUGCCGGGAUGUAUCAGUGUAUAGCGGAGAACACCUACGGGGCCAUUUAUGCAAAUGCUGAGUUGAAGAUCUUGGCUCUGGCCCCAACUUUUGAAAUGAAUCCUAUGAAGAAAAAGAUCCUGGCUGCCAAAGGGGGCAGGGUGAUAAUCGAGUGCAAACCAAAAGCUGCUCCGAAACCAAAGUUUUCAUGGAGCAAAGGAACAGAAUGGCUCGUGAACAGCAGCAGAAUACUCAUUUGGGAGGAUGGUAGCUUGGAAAUCAAUAACAUCACGAGGAAUGACGGAGGCGUUUACACUUGCUUCGCUGAAAACAAUAGAGGGAAGGCUAAUAGCACGGGGACACUUGUUAUCACAAAUCCCACGCGAAUCAUCUUGGCCCCGAUCAACGCUGAUAUCACAGUUGGAGAGAACGCCACCAUGCAGUGCGCUGCGUCCUUCGAUCCCGCCUUGGACCUCACGUUCGUUUGGUCUUUCAACGGCUACGUGAUUGACUUCACUAAGGAGAAUAUUCACUACCAGAGGAAUUAUAUGCUGGAUGCCAACGGGGAGCUGCUCAUCCGAAAUGCGCAGCUGCGGCACGCAGGCAGGUACACGUGCACGGCUCAGACCAUCGUGGACAAUUCCUCGGCUUCUGCUGACCUCGUUGUGCGAGGCCCCCCAGGCCCUCCGGGUGGUCUGAGAAUCGAGGAUAUCAGAGCCACCUCUGUGGCCCUCACGUGGAGCCGCGGGUCUGACAAUCACAGUCCGAUCUCUAGAUACACCAUCCAAACCAAAACUAUUCUUUCGGAUGACUGGAAAGAUGCCAAAACAGAUCCUCCGAUCAUUGAGGGAAAUAUGGAGGCCGCACGAGCAGUGGAUUUAAUCCCAUGGAUGGAGUAUGAAUUUCGCGUGCUAGCAACUAACACACUGGGCCUAGGCGAGCCCAGUGUACCAUCCAGCAGAAUCAAAACGGACGGUGCCGCACCAAAUGUGGCUCCUUCGGAUGUGGGAGGUGGCGGAGGAAGCAACAGAGAGCUGACAAUAACGUGGGCGCCUUUGUCUAGAGAAUACCACUACGGCAACAACUUCGGCUACAUAGUGGCAUUUAAGCCGUUUGAUGGAGAUGAGUGGAAAAAAGUGACAGUCACCAACCCAGACACUGGCCGCUAUGUCCAUAAAGAUGAAACCAUGAGCCCUUCCACUGCUUUCCAAGUCAAAGUUAAAGCCUUCAAUAACAAGGGUGACGGACCGUACAGCCUCAUAGCUGUCAUUUACUCUGCACAAGACGCCCCAAAUGAAGCCCCCACAGAUGUCGGUGUCAAAGUGCUGUCAUCUUCUGAGAUAUCAGUUCAUUGGAAGCAUGUUGUAGAAAAAAUAGUGGAAAGCUACCAGAUUCGGUACUGGGCUGCCCAUGACAAAGAAGCAGCUGCACACAGAGUUCAGGUCACCAGCCAGGAGUACUCGGCGAGACUGGAAAACCUUCUACCCGACACCCAGUAUUUUGUGGAAGUGGGAGCCUGCAAUAGCGCAGGCUGUGGGCCUUCGAGCGAAGUGAUUGAGACCUUCACUAGGAAAGCACCUCCUAGCCAGCCCCCAAGGAUUAUCAGCUCGGUGAGGUCCGGCUCCCGGUACAUAAUCACCUGGGAUCAUGUGGUGGCACUGUCAAAUGAAUCUUCAGUCACAGGGUACAAGGUACUUUAUAGACCUGAUGGCCAGCAUGAGGGCAAGUUGUAUUCAACUCAUAAGCACUCCAUAGAGGUCCCGAUCCCCAGGGAUGGGGAGUAUGUGGUAGAGGUUCGAGCACACAGUGACGGGGGCGAUGGCGUGGUGUCUCAAGUCAAAAUUUCAGGUGCGUCCACUCUGUCUUUGAGUCUUCUUGGCUUGCUGCUUCCUGCCCUCGCCACCCUUGUCCACUUGGAAUUCUGAAUGUGGUGCGACAGCUGAUGCUCCCCGCCCAGCUCCCACCCACCUUUCAUCCUGGAGAGACGAUUCCUUCCAGCUCCCACGGCUCCAUCCUAAGCCAAAUGAAUUUUACUUUAACAAACUAUCCAACUGAUUUACAAUACAUCGUGACUGAGGCAUUCAGGAACCCCUUCAUCCAAAAGAAUAAACUUUUAAGUGGAUCUCAAAUGAUUUUUAACUCGUUCCAAUAUGCCUUAUAAAGCACUUAACUCGAUUCUGUGACAGUUGCAUGAUUUAAUCCGGUGGGACAAGAUAUGGUGUUCAAUUCAAUACUAUAGGCUGUAGAAUGAAAGGAAAAUCACCACACACAGGUGCUUUAAAUUUAAUAACAAGUCGUGAAAUACAGUAGAGGUUGAAAUGUUGAUCACGUGGUAAGUGUGAGAGUAGAGUAGUCUCUCGUACUAUUCCCUGUUUUGCAUUCUCCAUAUUUUUGAACAGCCCAAUCAUUCAGGAGGUUUAGAAUUUACUGAAAAAAAAAGAAGAAGAGCAGAUAUAUUUUGACAUAAAUCCCACUAGCAAAUCACUUUACUGAAUGAGUUGAAGGAUUUUGAAUGUUGAAAACCAAAUUAUAGAACUAUUCCAUCAGUAUUGUUAUUUUUGGAGUAAUUUUCUACAUAUUUGCUUUCCACAACUUUUCAGUUAAUUUUCUAAUGGUGAUGUUAACACACCAUGUGAAGCAUUUUUACUUUUGUAUUUUACUCUGAAGUUGUUUUAUGCUUAUUGUCGGUGUCAAACCUCAAAAACUGUAUCUCGUACCUGGCGUAUCAUCAUCUUGCUGUAUUUAUUCAUAUAUGGAAUGAUGAAUACUGAAUAGAGUGCUUCCAUUUUUUUACUGAGAUAAUGACAGUCUUAAUGCAGCUAGGAAUAAAUGACGGUUAAGUGAAUAUCAGAAUUACCUAAUAAUAUUCUGAUAUCUUUGUUUUUGUGCUUCAUUCCUAAGUGUAAUCUUUUUUUUUUUAAUUGAAGGCACAGAAUUAAGAAAUCACCUAUGGGUUGAAAAAUCUAUGACAGUCUUUCUUUUUAAAAAUAAAAAAAAGAAAAUUCAGUUUUAAGUUCAUUUCUCACUCAAUGCCAUAUGAAAACUGGCUAAAAAUACCAAAUCAAUAUGCUGAUACAUUGCUAAGGGUACCUUGAAGAGUUUGCACACUGGUAGGCCAACAGUAGACAGGCAGUGUGUCUGAUGGUGUCUGCCGAGUGUUGGCAUUUAGGGUUUUUAUAAGUUAUGAAAAGGAAGAUGUCUAUUUCUUCAUUCUUUGUGGUGUGCCAGGAAAUGUGUCUGAGAGUGGGUGUGAAAGAACUCGGGUAACAAAGAAUUAGCUGGCUUCUGAAACAGUGCAAUGUUUGAUGCUUAGGGAGGUACAAUCCUAUUUUAUUAGCACAACCUUGCUAGCUAAUUAGAGAGUUUAUCUUUUUAGAAAGGAUAUCUUAUAGGUUCAUAAAAAAUAUUUACAGGAAGCAAAAUAGAUCUAUUACUACUUGACCCCCAUCUUUAAUUUGUAUAAUUUUUGUACGAUAUAUCUAUGUGUAAAUGUUUAAAGUUUUCCUUAUGAAACUAUCAAUAAAGAGCUCAUUAAUUUACAUUUAACUCCUCAUUAUAAAAAUGAAACUUUUUAAAACCAGUAAGAUGGAUGAUUUCUCAGUGAAAGUGUGUCAACAGUCUUCAGAUCCUUGCCAGAUUUCAUAAAAUAUUUAAUUAUCUGAAAAAGAAAUAAAAUAACUUCAUACUUUAGGGAACAAUACCCUCUGUAAGCCUUCUGUACAAACAUUUGUGUUUUUGUUGUUACACUUUGGGGUUUUCCUUUUGCAGUGUGACCCACGUUGGGCAUUUUUAUAUAAUGAGCGUUAACUACAUCUUUUGCCAAAUGCAUGCUUGCCUUUUAUUUUCUAAUGUAUGGUAAUGCAAAGCAAAACUGGCUAGAUUUUGCAUGAAACAGUUCUGAGAGGUAAGGCGAAAGCAGACUUUGGAAGCUGUUUAGUUUUAAAUUUGUGACAGAGAUAAAAUAGACUAAAAUCUCUCAUACACUAAUAACUCAAGCUUUUCAUUUGCUCAUCCUCUUGUACAAAUUUGACUGGGACCAUCAGUUCUCAACUGUUGUCAAAGUAACUAAUGUACCAUGCUUUAAGGCGCAAAAGUCUUAAUUAAAUUUAUAUAGCUAGAGACACAUCUGUUGUUUCUUUGUAUUCAAGAAAGGUGAUAGUAGUUUUAUUUGAUACUGAUAAAUAUUGAUUUUUUAGUUAUUUUUUAUCAUUUUUUCA